UAUACAUUUACGACAGUGGACGCAUUUUUCUUCUACUCUGGUUCUGCCUUUAGGGAGGGAGGGACCUUGUUGGUUUUGGCAUCUAAGCGGCGUAUAGAGAGUGGGACGAUAGGGCAAGAUGGGUAACCACGGAGAAACGAAGUCAACAAGCACAGCAAGUCCUGGCCAUCCCCAUGGACAGGCUGAAGAUACCAUACCAGAAGACGCGGUGAGACUGUGUUACCAUUGGGUGUCUUUUGCUUUUUUUUCUGUAUUCUUUUCUUCACUUUUCUUUUGUAUAACUAGUCUAACUAUGAUUGAGCGGGCUGGGGCGAGCCUAAAUGCGAAUUUGAGACUCGAAGCAAAACCUGGGCACAAUAUCGUGAUGGCGGCGGCUGUAGGAGGGUUUGUAUGUUUUAUAUAUAGAGCGGCGGUGAUUAUCGCAAGUGGUAGCAAAAUCAAAGACAAGCUGCCUGUGUAAAUGCAUUAUAAUACCUGCCUGCCUUACGACUCCUAAGAGAGGAAGCCGACUUGUACACCGUGUUGAGUAGUACACUGCAAGCCUCAU